AAUCAAACAAAUGAAUCAAAUAUGAAUCGUUGGCAAAUUUGUAAAACAUUAUUUGCAUUAAUAUUUUAUUUAAGUAAUCUAUAUUUAAAUUGUUUAUUAAUUGUCAUUAUAAAUGAACGAAUACCAUUACAAGAAUAUUCAUUACCGGAUAUUGGUUUUGAAUUUUUACCAUAUAGUCAUUAUGCUGUUUAUUUGAUUGAAAUUUAUUUAUCAUUUCUCGGAAUAACAUUAUUAAUAUUAUUCGGUACACAUCAAAUUGGUUGGCAAAUUUUUAGACGUUUUUGUUUAAUAACCGGUAUUACAAUAUUUACACAUUCGGUUUGUUCGGCUGCAACACAAUUACCAAUUUCGGAUAUACGAAAUGAUUGUCAUCAACGUAUUUCAUCGAAUGUUACAAAUUUUCAAUUCAUUCGUGAACUAUUAAAACGAUCUGGGCAGGAAAUUUUUCGUUUCGGUUCAUUUUCAACCAUUAUGAUAAAUGGACAGGCAAAUUUUUGUGGUGGAAAUGUUGAUAUCCUACGUGCUAUUCAUAUAAUUCUUGCUUAUCAAUUUUUAACAACAUAUUUUCGAUCAAAUAGUCUACCGAUUCGGUUAUUAUUCGAAAGACUAAUGUUUUAUUGUUGUUGGAUGGCAAUUUUAAUGAUAAUAAUUGCCCGUAUGAAUUAUUUGGUUAACAUUUUAAUUGCAUAUUAUAUUUGUACAAGAACAUUUUAUAUUUAUCAUACAAUCUGUUUGAAUCAAUCAUUUCAAUAUUCAAACAAUGGUGGUAAUAUGUUUAAUCGAUUUUGGUGGUGGCCAUUA